ACCUGUUAGCUCCAUACAGUUCUCCCCUUUUCCUCAAUUGCUCCAUACAGUUCCUUUAGCUCCCGCCUCCAUUUUCGGUGUUUUACUUGUUUUCUAGCUUCGGUAGUAGAGGACAUCGCAGCAACAAAAUGCAAGAACAAGCCACCAGUUCGGCUGCAGCCAAUUCUCUGCCUUCAAGUAGCGAGAGAUCUUCCAGCUCUGCCCUUCAGCUUGAGGUCAAGGAAGGAAUGGAGAGUGACGAGGAGAUCAGGAGAGUGCCGGAGUUAGGUGCGGAGCCGGCGGGGGCGUCCGGGUCGGGUCGGAGCGCGGCGGUGAUGUCCGGCCAGGAGCGAGCUCAUCAAGGUCCGGGAGAAGUGUCGAGGAAGCGAGGGAGAAGCCCAGCGGAGAAAGAGAACAAGCGACUCAAACGGUUGUUGAGGAACAGAGUAUCUGCGCAGCAAGCCAGGGAGAGGAAGAAAGCUUAUCUUAGCGAGCUGGAGACGAGGGUUAAGGACUUGGAGAAGAAGAAUUCGGAGCUCGAAGAGCGGCUCUCCACUUUGCAGAAUGAGAACCAGAUGCUUAGACAUAUACUGAAGAACACAACGGCAAGCAGGAGAGGAGGUAACAGUGCUGCGGAUUGAUCUGCUCAAUGAGUUGAGAAUCUACAGUCCCUUAAUAUAUAAAGCAUCCCGAUUUGGUUUGCAUGGAGAAGAGGAAAUGUAAGGAAGCACAUAGGCAUCUGUGUUCCGAUUCUGGUUGUGUGUAUGUAGAGGUAUUGAGUAUUGACUAGUAAGGUUGAGUUGCUUGGUGAAAGUUAGAGGAAUAUUGGGUGGUCACCGGAGGGUCGAGCUAGCGAUAAGUUCGGCUUAGACUUGAUACAUCGAUCGAGUGGCAGUAUUUGCCUGCAUCACCUUUUGCAGCAUGCCAGCCCAUGUGUUCUUACUCAUAUGCAACUGUCGCCAUUCUUGCUGCGCCUAACUCAUAUAAAUGAAGAGAGAGUAGAAUGUAUUGUUCGCGAGGUGGUUCGUGUUCGAUUGCUGUUGUGUAGCUCAUUCCCAUAUGGGAGUGUGGUGGUAUUGCUGUGGAAAUGACAAUGGGUGUGUGGCUCUCUUUUUCUUUCGAUUGUCUCUACUCACAGCCCUAUCUAAUCGAUAGAACGGAGAGAGAGCGAGAAAGGUUAUACAAUAUGCUCGACCGUAAGGAAGAGGAGAUGAUGAGCUCGAAGAACGAGCAGAGCCGUGCAAGUAUCUACUCGCAUAGGAGAGCGUUCUGAAACGAGAUUCUUGCUGGACUACGAAUUAUUCAAUGAUAUGGUCACUGCUCACUGGUCCAAAGAGGAUAGAUCAAUGUAUUGUAAUCUUCCACAAAUCUUUUGAUCAAUAACCGUGAGAGGGUGGGUUUGGCAGGCGUCAAUGACCUCUAUUCUGACUCCGAAUGACAAAAUAGUGGGCCCGAGAAUGAGCUCCAGGGUGCAAACCAAGCGGGCCUGAUGAUCUGUAAGCUGGGUGGGCCGGUGCCAAGAUCAUACUCAAUAUUGGGCCUGAGAUUGAGGGCCUUUGAGGCAACUCCCGAACGAAAACGACAUAUUCAGAAGCCCAAAACCUUUCCGGAAACAAGAAGUGGAAUAGGCAGAGAGAGGGAUUUUGGGUCUCUUCGAUCAGAGAGAGGGAUUUAAGGGUUUUACUUGUUUGUGCUUUGCUAGUUGCUACACACUUUCUCCCGAGCUUCUCGCAGGGUUUUCAUUUUAGGGUUCGGCAGAGACUGAAAAGUUUGAACAUAGUUGUCAGAGGUCCAGCAAUGGAGGUGAUUACGGAAGGAGUGAGUAACUUGGCCGUCGCUGAUUCAGCUGCUCCAGGAUACCAGAGGAACAGAAUCCAAGUUUCCAACACCAAAAAGCCUCUCUUUUUCUACGUCAAUCUCGCCAAGAGGUAUAUGCAGCAGUUCAAUGAAGUGGAGCUUUCCGCUCUAGGGAUGGCUAUUGCCACCGUUGUUACUGUUGCCGAGAUCUUGAAGAAUAAUGGCUUUGCAAUUGAGAAGCGAAUCACGACUUCGACUAUUGACAUGAGGGAGGAUGCUGCAGCUCGUCCGAUUCCAAAACCAAAGAUUGAAAUCAUGCUGGGAAAGUCGGAGAAGUUUGAUGAGUUGAUUGCUGCUGCUAAGGAAGAAGAAGAAGAUGAAGAAGAGAACCUUGAGGAGAGCUCAGCUUAGUCGAAAUAAAUCUGUCAAACUUCCUCUGCUUACUUGUGGAUGAUGCUUCGACUCUUUGUACCAGUUGCUAAGACAAAGUUCAAUUCCGCGAGAUAGUACUUUAUCUUGUAGAAACAUUCUGCUAAUGCUAUGCAAAUGUUGUUAAAAUAUCCCAACCGAAGCUAUUCAAAACAACAAUUUCUCUUUGAUUCUCUCAAACAAAAGGUAGCUAACACAAAAUGAUCAUAUGCUUGCUAUUUCUAACAUUCCAAAAAGAAAAAGAAAAAACUAACUGAACUAAACCCUGAAAACAAAUCCUUCUCAGGCAGAGGGAGGACAAGAACAAAACUGUAUGUGAGAAUAAAGAAAAUCAAAAUAAAAAUGAUGUAUCUCAACUCUUCCUAGGCUUCUUGGUCUUCCUCCACAAGAAUCCGCUUGCAAGCCUCAUAACACAUGAACGAUAUCCCAGCAGCCGGGACAAGCUUCAUGCAGCUUGGCCCUAGCCCUUUGUACAGACCCUUAACCCCUUCUUUCUCAAGUAUGCUUGCUAGGGCAUGAAGCACAUCCCUGUACACUUGCCUCCCACUUAGGGCUCCCACCUGCAUAUGCUUGCGAGCCACCUCAAGAGGGAAAGUGGCGCUGCUUGAUAUAGCACCAGCUGCUGAUCCAAUCAACAGGGUCUCGAUGUUGCCAAUCUUCUCUUGCUUUGCAAGCUUCCUGUAUGCCUUCCGAAGAGUGUCAUAAGCAAAGUAAUUUGUUGCCGCGUAAGGGACGACUCCAAUGAGGCUUGGAGCUAGGCCUCGGUAGAGCUCGCCAGGGCCUUCUUCGCUCAGUAUUUUCAUGAAUGCAUCUACUAUGCCUUUGUAUACACCUCUCUGUAUGGUUAGUCGAGUCUUGACCAACUCCAGAGGAUAAGUGCAUAGAGUUGAGGUCACUCCAGCGCAUGCUCCGGCAACCAACGAGGAUGGAAUUGGAAGCUUAGGCUGCUCUCCUGGUGCAGGAGAUAGCUUCUUAUUGACCGUAUCAUAUGCAAAUAAUUCAAUCGCCUUGCUUGGUGCAACACGAAUCACAUUAACCAAGUUUCCCCUGAACAACCCAGUCCAGCCAUCAUGUUGCAUUAUAUUCUGGAACACCUCAGUGCUCGUGUGCCCACUGCUCCCAACCAUCAAAUGAGUUCUUAUAGUCUCCAAAGGAGCAACAGCUGUUCUAGACACAGCCCCAGCAAUUCCACCGCUGAUCAACCUUCGCAGUGAAGGAUUCCUCACCUUAAUCUUCAAUUGACGCCAUCCUUUCCUCUUCUUCUUCUUCCCCAUCUCUCCUUCCUCCUCAUCUAACCCCACAAAUGACAAAUACUUCUCAUAUAAAUCAUUAUAAACAGAUUUCAUACCUCCACCACCAUUCCCGUUGGACCCCGUCCCCAUCUGAUUGACGGUCGCGAAAAGCCCGCCGGCGCCGGGGAAGCACUGAAUGACAUCGUCAUCCUGGUUCCAAGGAGAAGAACCCAAACCGGACAUUGCAAGAAAGCCGCCGCCUUUAUCAUCAAACAACUGAAUCCCUCGCUUGCCCAUGAUUCAAUUUCCCCUGCCUGAUUACUGAUGGCGAUGGUGGUUGGUGACUAUAAAGUUAUGCUUGUGUUACUAAAUGCCCAAUCGAGCUCCCUGCCCCAUGGUUUUCAAUCAGAAUUGGAGAGCCCGGCGGGGGAAAGAACACGUUUUGGCGAAAUGGGGAUGGAGGAGAUUCAUUGAUGAGAAAUGGGCGAGGGAGAGAAUUGAGAAAAAAGCAAAGGUUUUUGGAGGUGGAGUGAAGAAAAUCCAAUACAAGAAAGAGAAAGACGGCGAAAACGAGACAGGGGGAAAGUGAUGGAGGUUGUGAGGGUUAGGUGAAGGAAGGCUAUGAAUGAAUUCUGGUGAUGGCUUGUUAAGCGAAGGAGUGGUUUUAGGUUUUGCGGUUCCACUUGCCACUUAACAAGUGAAGGAGAAGGGACACUGGCUCUUCAGUUCAAGGACUCUGCUGUGUGCUCAAAAGGUCAAAUUCAACCUGAAAGAAUAUUGGUUGUUUUUCUUUUUGUUGACCAAAUCAUGAUUUCAUUUGGG